AUGCGUUCGACUGCCGCUCUCAGGAUGUUCCGCGCGACCCCGCGCAUGAUGCGCCCCGUGCCCAAGGAGGACCAGGCCGCCGUCGUCGUUGGCUUCGCCGUCUGCGCCGCCGGAUACUCUUGCGGCCGCAAGUUCUUCGUCGACAAGACUCUCCGUCUCCAGCGCCAGGGCCCUGGCGGCCGCGAGCACUAA